AUGAAUGGUGUUCACGUCAAUGAAGAUCCAAAGUUUGUGCAAGACAUCCUCAGAGGGGAGUGGGGUUGGGAAGGGCUGGUGAUGAGUGACUGGUACGGAACAUACUCUAAUGUGGAGUCACUCAACGCAGGUCUAGUUUUAGAAAUGCCAGGCCCAUCUCGUUUGCGAGGGCAGCUUCUCAAUCAUGCUUUGAUGUCCAAGAAAAUCAAUCAGCAUACUUUAGAUCAGAGGGUGCGAGAAGUACUGAAUGCCGCUUGUCGGGCGACCAAGUCUGGGGUUCCGGAACACGCGCCUGAGACAACAAAUAAUACACCUGCGACUGCAGCUCUACUUCGGAAGAUUGCGGGCGACUCUAUUGUGCUACUGAAGAACCAGGGAAACGUACUCCCCUUCACUAAAGAGAAGACCGCAAGCACUCUCAUAUGUCUGAUACAUCUCAACCAAUAG